GAACGACGUUUUGAGCGCCUUAGCUGUAAAAACCACGCUGGCUGGGGGUAGCGAGGCUUUCCCAGGCCCUUCUUACAAACCUCUGGCGCUUGCUUGGGCAGCCCGGGGCAGAGGGGCCUUGUUACCUCAGCGGAUGAAGGUUUUCAGCCCGUUUCUUGGUAAAGAUGGCAGCCAGCAACACAGUCCUGAACAGACUGGAGCAGAAGGGUGCAGAGGCUGAUCAAGUUAUUGAAUACCUCAAGCAACAAGUUGCUCUGCUCAAGGAGAAAGCUAUCUUGCAGGCAUCUCUCCGAGAAGAGAAGAAGCUCCGUGUGGAAAAUGCUAAACUGAAGAAAGAAAUUGAAGGGCUGAAACAGGAGCUGAUACAGGCAGAAAUUCGAAAUGGAGUAAAACAGAUUGCAGUUCCUCCUGGUGCAGCUGUUUCUACAACUUCAUUUAGAGAUGAUGUUCCCCCACCUACGGCAAUCACAUCAUCUGGUUCCAAAGAUCAAAUUAAAGGUGAAGAUGAAGAAAAGAAAAAGAAGGAAAAAGUAGAAAAAAAAGGUGAAAAGAAGGAGAAGAAACAGCAGCCAGCAACUGGAAGCGGUGAUGCAAAACCUGUAGAUGUUUCUUGUCUAGAUCUUCGUGUUGGCUGCAUUAUUACUGCCAAAAAGCAUCCAGAUGCAGACACUCUGUAUGUUGAAGAAGUUGAUGUGGGUGAAGCAAGCCCUAGAACUGUUGUCAGUGGUUUAGUGAAACAUGUUCCUUUGGAUCAGAUGCAGAAUCGGAUGGCAAUACUACUCUGUAACUUGAAGCCUGCAAAGAUGAGAGGAGUAGUAUCUCAAGCAAUGGUGAUGUGUGCCAGCUCCCCAGAAAAAGUGGAAAUUCUGGUUCCCCCAGCUGGGGCAGUACCUGGGGAUAGGAUCACUUUUGAAGGCUUUACUGGAGAUCCUGAGAAGGAACUUAAUCCCAAGAAGAAGAUUUGGGAGCAAAUCCAACCUGAUCUUCAUACCAAUGACCAAUGUGUUGCUACAUACAAAGGAGUUCCAUUUGAAGUGAAAGGGAAAGGAGUCUGCAGGGCAGAGACCAUGGCAAACAGCGGAAUUAAAUAAAUAAAUUGUUAUUAGAAGCUUUUUCAGAUGUUGAAAUGGAAAGUAAUGCAAGCACAAUAAAAAAAUGAGUAUAUUACCCCUCUGAAA